CCCCACCCAAUAAACUUCUGCUAUCGCCACUACAACAACGAACCCUCAAGUUUCAGACAAAUGAGUGCCGAAGGGAAGGUGGUUUGCGUUACAGGUGCUUCUGGCUGCAUUGCUUCAUGGCUCGUUAAACUCUUGCUUGAUCGUGGCUACACCGUUCAUGCUACCGUCCGAUCCAUUGAUGAUCCAAACAAGACAGAGCAUCUACUUGCUCUCGAUGGAGCUAAGGAAAGACUGUCCUUGUUUGAAGCUAACUUGACUGCAGAAGGAUCUUUUGAUUCUGCGGUUAAUGGCUGCAUUUGUGUCUUUCACACAGCAUCUCCUGUUCUAUUUUCAGUUGAUAACCCACAGGCACAACUGCUGGAUCCUGCAGUUAAGGGGACACUUAAUGUUCUCAAAUCAGCUGCAAAAGUUCAAUCUCUUAAGAGAGUGGUCUUGACUUCUUCCAUGUCUACAGUAACGUUUGGCCCAAGACUCGCGGAGUCUGGUGACGUGGUGGAUGAAACUUGGUUUUCAGAUCCUUUAUUUUGUCAGCAGAAGAAGUUGUGGUACCAACUUUCAAAGACCCUGGCUGAGGAUGCUGCUGUUAAGUUUGCAAAAGAUAAUGGUUUGGAUUUGGUGGCUAUUAAUCCUGGAUUUGUGAUUGGUCCCAUCUUACAGCCAACUCUCAACCAUACUUCUGAGGCCAUUAUGAGCCUGAUCAAGAAUGGAAAAGAUGUAAUUCCAGACGGAAUUUAUAGACUUGUUGAUGUGAGAGAUGUUGCUACUGCACAUGUUUUAGCUUUUGAGAACCCGGAUGCCAAUGGUAGAUGUUGCAUAGUUGGCAAAGUGGUUCGGUCUUUAGAGAUCAUGAAGACUGUAAACAAACUAUACCCGAGUCUCGGCCAUUCUGAAAGGUGUAAAGAUGGCGAGUGUGUUGAACCUACACCUUACAGUGUAUCAAGAGCAAAAGCGGAAAGUCUAGGUGUUAAUUUUACACCAAUGGAGGUAAGCAUCAAGGAUACUGUUGAAAGCUUCAAGAAGAAGAACUUGUUAAGCUUCUAGAACACCAGAUGAUGUGCAUGUAUGCAUUUGGUUCAAGACCAUGUUGGGUUUACUCAUUUGUUGGUCUUCAGUUUUUCAUCAGUCACUUACUCAUGAACACCUGUGUGAAAUUACCUUUAGAUCAGUGCUUUUGGGGUUCUUUUUAAA